GUUGGUCGGUUUUUUAUUUUUAUUUUUAAAAUUUUGUUGUUGGUUGUUCUCAUUCCACAAUAAUCCUCUCCAUUGCCGAAUUAACCUUUUUCAAUAUAACGGACCGAACACGGCAAAACCAUUACACCUUUACGCCAAAGCACCGAAACGAGUCGCAUCGAGCUUCAUUGAGCUGUGCUGGAUCUGUUGCUACUAUUUCUUUGAUUCUUUCUGUUGAAUUGAACUAGUUAGGCUACUGAAUUAAUGGAUCCGAGAGGUUUAGUGAUAUUGGUGGCGAUUCUAGUUGCGGAAAUGAGUUGCGUUGCCGACGGAACUUUAGUGUUUCCGGUGGAGCGUCAGAAAAGGAGUUUAAGCGCUAUCAAAGCUCACGAUGCUCAACGUCGAGGUCGAAUUCUCUCCGCCGUGGAUCUCAACCUUGGCGGCAAUGGUGUCCCUACUAAUACUGGUCUGUAUUAUACAAAACUUGGGCUUGGCUCUCCUCCGAAGGAUUAUUAUGUGCAAGUUGAUACAGGAAGUGACAUUCUGUGGGUGAAUUGCGUUGAGUGUUCGAGAUGUCCCAGGAAAAGUGAUCUCGGUAUAGAAUUGACUCUUUAUGACCCAAAGAGCUCUGAAACUGCAGAGCUGGUUUCUUGUGAGCAAGACUUUUGUGCUGCCGCGUAUGAUGGUCCAAUGCCUGGGUGCAAGUCUGAAAUUCCAUGCCCCUACAGCAUAACUUAUGGAGACGGAAGUGCAACUUCUGGAUACUAUGUCCAGGAUUAUCUUACUUAUAACCGUGUCAAUGGAAAUCUUCUUACUACGCCACAAAAUAGCAGUAUCAUUUUUGGGUGUGGCGCUGUACAAUCUGGGACAUUGGGUUCAUCUUCUGAACAAGCCCUUGACGGAAUAAUGGGUUUUGGACAAGCAAAUUCUUCUGUACUUUCUCAGCUUGCUGCAUCUGGAAAGGUGAAAAAAAUAUUUUCACAUUGCCUUGACAAUAUUCGUGGUGGUGGAAUAUUUGCCAUCGGGGAAGUGGUGGAACCAAAAGUUAGUACAACUCCAUUGGUACCAAGAAUGGCACACUAUAACGUAGUUUUGAAGACUAUUGAGGUUGAUACAGAUACACUACAGCUUCCCUCGGAUAUAUUUGAGUCUGGAAAUGGGAGGGGGACAAUAAUAGAUAGUGGAACAACCUUGGCUUAUCUUCCUGGGUUAGUUUAUGACCAACUGAUGCAAAAGGUUUUGACCCGGCAGCCUGGACUGAAAUUAUAUCUUGUUGAACAACAAUUUAGUUGUUUUCAGUAUGCUGGAAAUGUUGAUCGUGGAUUUCCAGUUGUCAAGUUUCAUUUUGAGGAUUCUCUUUCUCUGACAGUUUAUCCUCACGACUACCUGUUUGAUUUUAAUGAUGGUCGUAUGUGGUGUAUCGGCUGGCAGAAAAGUGUGUCACAAGCCAAGAAUGGAAAGGACAUGACCCUUCUUGGAGAUUUGGUGCUAUCCAAUAAAGUAGUGAUAUAUGAUCUUGAAAAUAUGGCCAUUGGAUGGACCGACUACAACUGCUCUUCCAGCAUUAAAGUGAAGGAUGAAGCCACCGGAGCAGUGCGUACUGUGGGUGCACACGAUAUUUCUUCAGUUUCUACCUGUUUUAUUGGAAGAAUACUGACUUUCUUUUUGUUGCUAAUUGCGAUUCUAAACUAUUAAAUUAACUUGGUUUUGAUAUUCAUUUUAUUUUGUUGUACCAUAAUUCCUUGAAUGAUAAGGUGUGCAACGUGCUUGAUAUGGUAUAAUCAAUCAUUACUGGUGUAGAUAGAAUUGACAAAGGUGCAAAUAUUUUUUGAAGUUUUUUGUUGUCAA